UUUAACAAUUCGUCCAAUCAUAGCGCACAUUGUUUGGUUGUGGGCGAGGACUUCUCAGAGCGGCGAAUUGUGGAAUAUAAUCUAGUGGGUUUCACUGUUGUUUUGAAAAUAAUUUAACUUUCAAUCUUGCUGUAUUUGAAUUAUUUUGCCUAGAGAUAGGCCAUGCCCGAAUUUUUGGAAGAUCCGUCUGUUCUAACCAAAGAGAAGUUGAAAGGAGAGCUGCUUGCUAACAAAGUGCCGUUGCCUUCUGGUGACCAUAAGAAAGAUGUGUACGUGAAGCUGUAUAAGAAGCAUCUCACUGUCCGCAACAAAAAUCCAGACAACUUCUCCAGCGACGAUGAAGCUGACACAGUGGUUACUGUCCGGAGUAGGAUUGGCACCAGGAGAGCCACAAAAAAGCCAGAUAAACCCAGACGAGAAGAGAAAGAAGAGUAUGAUGUAACAGAAUUGAGUAAUGAAGAAUUGAAAGAGCAGCUAAUUAAAAAUGGAAUUAACCCUGGGCCUAUCACAGAAUCCACAAGAAAAGUUUAUGAGAAAAGACUCCAGAAGUUAUUAGAAGAAGAACCAGCAGUGAAAUCCUCAAAGUCUGUUCAAGUACUCCAGUCUGCAGAAGAAAGCAAACAAAAUGGAAGCAGUGAUUCUGACCACUAUAGUGACAAUGAAGAAGAUACCAAAGCAGAUGUUAAAGUAGACAAGAAGGAAACUCUUAAAAGCAAAUCCAGGACAACAGUUACCAUUAGGCAAGGAAGAUCUGAACACAGUCAGGGCAAUUCAGAGCAAGACACUGUGAUUCCUAGUAAGAUGCCUAGAUCUUUGGAGCGCGUUCCUGUACAAUCAUCAAAUGAAGCUUUCAGAUUAUCUAGAAGAACGCCUAUGAAACCAGUGACCAGAUAUGAACAAGAAGAGGCCUCUGAUAUUCAUUCCAGUAAAAACAUCCAUUCUUUUCAUGUGCCUGUGGAAGUCAUCAAGCUAGGCACAGAUGUAAUGGAGGAUCAAACUGAGAACCAGACUGCAAAUACCAAAGAGAGGUCUGCUAAGCUGGCACGGCAAUUAAAAAUAACUCUGUUUAUGACAUCAAAUAAAAAUCAGGUUAUAGAGAAAACUGAACGAGAAGAAAGAACAGUAGGACGAGAUAUUCUUAGAGAGAUGUUUCCUCACGAGGUGCAGACACCUACAGGAAUCAGUGCCACUUGUCGAAAACCAAUAAGAGGAGCUGCUGGUAGGCCAAUGGAACUUGGGGAGCUUGGCGAGUUCAAGCUGGAAGAGUCAGUCUUGACAAAGUCUUAUACAAAGGCUGUACCACCUGCAGAAAUUAAGGAAACAAAAAUGAAAAGUCGACGUUCAGUUCCAAUUUGGGUACAAAUUUUAUUGCUUGCUUUUGUGGCUAUCUUUCUCUUUUUGGUCUAUGAAGCCAUGGAAACAAAUGAAGGCAAUCCUUUUGCUUCUUUAAUUGGUAGCUCUGAAAGCACUGGCACAUCUGAAUGAUCAAAUUCUCCUGGAAUUGCAUCAAGCGUGGUCUUACAUGUGUGUUUUUAACAUUUGUAAAGAGAGACAUCUAAUGCCCUCCAGUCAGUUUCAAGGAUUGUUCACUGCACGUAUCAUAAUGUGUGUUAUUCCCAGAUGAUUAAAAAGAAAAAGAAAAAAAUGGCAGCAGUGAUCCAGUAUGAGACAUUUUGGGACUGGCAUUAUUUAUGCCAUAGACACAGUACUUUUUAUUUUAAUUAUAUGCUUCUUAAAACAUUUUUGUAAGCUAUUGUAUUUUUCUAAUGUGAACAUCUUAAAUGUUUUUAUAAACCUGUAUAUUUUUGUUGAAAGCUUGAGCGACAGAGGGCAAAAAAUGUAAUGUGAAUUUGUGUUCAUAUGCUUUAUAAUUCUCUAAGAUGAAUGAAAUCUUUAAUUGUAACCAUUGCCUUUUAGAAUCUCUUGAGCUGUCCUUUGGCAACUGUAGUGUACAAGCUAAUGUUAAGAGUUCAAAAAAUUACUGGUCUACUUUUGCAGAUCUGAGAUCUUUUUUUGCAAGACUGCAGUUGCCAUUUACUACAGUAGUGUGUACUGAAAGUGCAGCAAUAAAUUGUAGAAUACUGUAUUUUAAAUAUAGCAGUGGUUAAUUGUAAUGUGUUUUGAAUUUGUUGCAUAUUAUGGUAACUGCACCCUUAGUCUGUACUGUUCUGUUUUUCUGUUAAGUCCUUGUGCAUAUACUGUAGCAGAAAAUAUGUAAUUACAAAUAAACUGAAUUUCCAUUUCUAAAUAGAUAGCAUUAAAUAGCACUGUUGUAGGGUA